AUGGACAAAGGGACAGCCAACAACCCUGGAAACGGUAAAGGGCGAGUGCGCAUGCGCGCCGCCCUGGACCCACCCCCGCCACCUCGGCCAGUGGUCAGCGCCCGGCCACCUGUUGAUGGGGGUGGCCACCCCCGCAGUCCGCGCGUAGCCGUGUCAGACGCCGAGUCGCCGCCCGGACAGGACACGCUGACAUGCGGCGGCUGCGCCAAGGCGUUCGCGCUCGCCGACAUCGUGCGCUUCAUCCAGCACAAGGUGCUCUCCUGCGCCGCCGCCCCCGCCGCCUCCGCUGCCUCCACCACCGCCCCCGGCACGCCCUGCAACAACAACAACAACAACAGCGGCGCCGCCGCCAAGGACGACUACGACAGCGACGGUGGCAGCACCGGUGGGGUGGUGAGCUCUCGCCGGCCCAGCAUUUCGGCGCCCAUCACGACGCGGAAGGCGCGCCCACCGCCCGCCGCCUCCCCGUCCGCCCCCGGGGGCGGCGAGGCGUCGCCGCUGCCGCUGCUGCCGAUGCUGUCGCCGCCGCCGCCCAGCUCGACGCCCAAGCGUCGCGGCGCCGACAGCGACGACGAGGAAUCGCUGGCCGACGCGAAGCCGCCGCGCGGGCUCGUUAAGCUCGAGGACGCCGCCUCCUCGCCCGAGGACGCCGCCUCCGGCGUCAAGCGCUGCAAGACCGACGUCGCCGACGCCGAGUCCAACACCACCAACUCAGAACCCACCAGCCUGGUGUGCUACACGUGCAAGCUGCGGCUGCAGUCCGCGUGGCGCCUGGUGCAGCACGUCCAGACCUGCCAUGGCGUCCGCCUCUACGAGUCCAGCCUCGGCGGGGGCGGCGUCGGCGUCGGGAGCGGUGGCCUGCCCUCGCCGCAGAGGCCCGCCGCGCCGCUGCCGCUGCCGCUGUCGCUGGUGCCCGGCGGCAGCUCGGCGGCCGCCAACACGUCGGGAGGCUCGCUCUCGUCGGGCUCGUCGGCCUCGUCGGGCUCGCCCGUCUGCUCGUCGGUCGGGCCGGGAAACGGGCUGGGAGGCGCCGGGAGCACAAGCUGCCUCCUGCCCCCGCCCGGCGCCUCCUCUCUCCUCCAUCCCCCCUCCAGCUGCAGCAGCACCACCACCACCGGCUCGCCGCUACUCCUCCACCAGGUAGCAGUGGAAUUGGGAGCCCACUUCCAAACAUUCCCAAAUGGGAACCCUCCAUCCACACCUCACUCUGCGCCCCAGCAGCCGGGGCCCCUGUGUGGAGGCGGCCUCCCUGCUUGGGCUGCCCUGUACGCAGCCGCCGCCCAGCUCAGCAGUCAGCGCCUGCUCCUCCAGCAGCACCAUCAGCAGCAGCACCAGCUGCAGCAGCAGCAGCACCACCACCAGCGCCACCAGCAGCGCCAACCCGUUUGGCGUGGGUGGCCUCCUGCGGGGGCUGCCGGCGGCGGCCCUGGACCAGCGACCGACGGUGACCACCACUUCCGUAGUAUGGAGCAGCUGGUGCAGGAGCAGCUGCGCCUCAACCCGCUGGCCGCCGCCGCCGCCGCCGUCGCAGCCGCCGCCGCCUCCUCCUCGUCGACGAGCUCCCCGUCGCCGUCGGCCGUCUCGUCGCUCGUCGCGUCGGCGUUCGCGCCGUCGGCGCAGCCGCUGGACAGGAUAGCGGCGGCGGUGGCUGCCGCGACCGCGGCCGUGCCCGGCGCAGGGGGACGGGAGGCAGCGCCGCCCACGCUCGACUUCUACUCGCAGAGGCUGCGACAGCUGGCCGGCACCACCAGCCCGGGGCCCGGGGGCGGCGCCGGAGGCGGAGGCGGCCUGGCUACGUCGCCCUCGCCGCGCAAGCAGAUGCUGACGCCGCCCUUUGGCAGCCCACCCCCACACCACCCCCAGCAGCGGCACGCCACGCCGCCCCCGUCACUGCCCCCCAUGUCCUCCUCCACCUCUACCGUGCCCACCGCCUCCACCUGCAUUCCAUCUACCUGCGCCGCCCCCACAGGACACACCACCAGCCCUGCCGACGCUUCGUCGCCUCUCGCGCUGUCUCUUGAAAAGCAGCAGCAGACGCCGCCCUCGGCAGGCAGCGACCAGCAGCCGGCGCCCGGAACGCCCACACCGCGACCCUCGUCUCCGCGGACGCCGCCCACGGGCCCGGCGCCGACGCCCUCGGACUCCGGCACAGCCGCCCCCGACGACGCCGGUGCCGCCGCCCCCGCCGACGGUGGCGUCGCGCAGAGCGGGCCACUGACACCGUCCGCAGAGCCCGGCUCUCCGGGUCCGGACGCAGUGCGCGCCUGCGAGUUCUGCGGCAAGAAGUUCCGCUUCCAGAGCAACCUGAUUGUGCACCGGCGCACCCACACGGGCGAGAAGCCGUACAAGUGCGCUGUCUGCAAUCACGCGUGCACGCAGUCCUCCAAGCUGAAGCGCCACAUGAAGAUCCACCGGCACUCGGCGUCUGCGCUGGCGCGCGUCACGCGCAGCUCGGUCGCCGCCGCGGCCGCCGCCGCCGCCGCCUCCGACGGCUCCGCCCCCGACGCCACCUCGCACAACAACAACAACAACGGUAGCAACCACACGACGCCCGAAAACGCGUCGCGCACGGGGAGCGUCGAGGCGCUGGACGACGACGACGGCGACGAGGACGACGAAGACGAGGAGGAGGACGACGACGACGACGACGACGAGGACGAGGAGGAGGAGGAGGAGGAGAUGGAGCUGGAGGAGGAGGACGAAGACGACCUGGACGACGACGACCUCGGCGACGGGGACGGCGACGCGCCCGAGGACCUCACCACCAAGUCGACGUCGUCCACUCCGCCGGGCAACGUCACGUCCGGUGGUGGCGGUCAAGGAGACGGCAAGUCCGGAAGCGGUGCGGGGACGCCGAGGCCCGCCUCUGGUGCGCCGGCCACGCCGAUGGACAAGAUCUCUAACCAGGGUUCACUCGUGGGCGAGCUGAUCGACAAGUUCGGCCUGAGCAACAUCCAGCAGUACAGCGAGGCGUACAAGCAGGCGCUGCAGGAGUCGGUGGUCGGUUCGCACCUGAUGCAGCUGAAAGAGGAGAUCCUCGCAGGGCACCACGGGCAGCACCGGUCUGCUCUCAUUUCGGACAACAACAACCAAAAACACCUCUCGACCAGUGCACUGCUGUCAGCGACGAGUAAGGAAAAUGGCCUCACUGUGGAGAAGUCGGCGGCAGCGAUGCGAUUCCGGGAGGAGUUCGCGAAAAAUAUGAUGGCUGCAGGCCAACCGCCUCUGGACUUAAUGGGAGCCCCUCACGGUCUGUUCGGCGCGGCUGCAGCCGCAGCUGCUGCCGCUGCCGCUUUCGACUCCUCUUCGCCGUCGGCCGGCGCCUACGACGCGGCCAGCAAGAGGAUCAAACUGGAAUUGGACCACCACACGUCAUCCGUGUCGCAGCCGGCGCGAAGCGACCGAGCCGGUGAAGGUCCGGGCAGCGGACUUUAUGCCGGACUGUGGCUGCCGGCAAUGGCAGCGGCAGCCCACCACCGCGACCACCUCUUCGGCGGUGCAGGGGCGGGUGACACCGUGGAUCUUCUGGCGAACCACCACCGCAAGGACUCGCUGCUCAAGGUGGGCAAGUCCGGGCCCAGCCCGUCCACCCUCGCCGCGGCCCUCAACCUGGGCCUGCCGCCCACGUCGGCUGCGGCAGCGGCCGCCGCCGCAGUCGCAGCCCAGCAGCAGCAGCAACAGCAGCAGCAGUCACUCAAGAAGGACACGCGCCGCAAUGACACCUGCGAGUUCUGUGGCAAGGUGUUCAAGAACUGCAGCAACCUGACCGUGCACCGGCGCUCGCACACGGGAGAGAAGCCCUACAAGUGCGAGCUGUGCUCGUACGCGUGUGCCCAGUCGUCCAAGCUGACGCGCCACAUGAAGACGCACGGCCGCCUGGGUAAGGACGUGUACCGCUGCCGUUUCUGCGAGAUGCCCUUCUCUGUGCCGUCGACGCUCGAGAAGCACAUGCGCAAGUGCGUGGUGAACCAGAACAGCAAAGCGGCAGCCGCAGCCGCGGCGGCGGCGGCAGCGGCGGCGGCGGCGGCCGCCGGGGGCGGACACCUGCCGCUGGUCGGAGACGACACCGGCGACUCGUCCGCCUCCGCCACCAAGGACGCCACAUGA